AUGACAUCCCCUUCAACACGCCGCCUUCUUAAGGAAUCAACAGACCUCCAGAAAAACCCCAGCCCCUACUUCACCGCAUCCCCAACAUCAGACAACCUGCACGACUGGCACUUCACUCUCGCCGGCCCACCCAGUCCAACCCCCUACGCCGCCGGCCUGUACCAUGGGCGCAUCACCUUCCCGCUAGCAUACCCGCUCCGCCCGCCAAGCUUCCGUUUCCUCACACCGUCGGGCCGCUUCGAGGUCAACCGCGAGAUCUGCCUGAGCAUCUCGGGCCACCACGAGGAGACGUGGCAGCCGGCAUGGGGGGUGCGCACGGCGCUGCUGGCCAUCCGGAGCGAGAUCAUGGGGGCGGAGAGUCAGGGGCAGGUUGGUGGGAUGGAGGGGAAUGAGGAAAUGCGGAGGGAGUUUGCGCGCGCGAGUCGCGGGUGGGUUUGUCGCGAGUGUGGUGAAAGUAAUGAGCAGGUUAUGCGGGAGUGGUGGGAUGUUUGUCGGCAGAGAGGUGUGGAGGUUGAUGUUGAAGGGAGUGAGGUUGAGGGAGGGAAGAAGGAGGCUGAGGAGGAGAGAGGACUGGAGGGUCCGACUGAAGUUGUUGGUGAGGAGUCUGCAUCUACACCGGCGCCUGCGGAUCCAACUUCGGCAUAUCCAGCACCUGCAGUCCCGCCAGCUCCCCAAGGACCCUCGACUCCAGCAGCAUUGUCAGCAGCGCUAUCUACUCAGCCCAGCACCCGCCCUCGCCCAAGGCCAACAUUACCUGCUCCUGCUACUGUAGCUGGCACUGUGGCUGCGACUACAACCUCAACUGAGCCCGCAAACAGCCCGUGGCUGGACCGCGCAAUCAUUGGCAUUGUCAUUGCCCUCAUCAUUCUAGUCACCAAGCGUGUGGUUGAUGUCGACGAUCUAUAA